AUGUUUUUUGAUUUGUUAUCAUUUUUGUUUCCUAUCGGAUCCGGCCCUUGCUACCAAAGCAUUGGACCGGGUUCGAAUCCGGCGUACACCAAUGAAUAUUUUCAAUAUUUAAGUGUAUAUUAUUCUGCUCAGCCCAAGAAAUACAAACAAGUUCCAAUCUCAAAAGUUUACCUCCUACCGUAG